AAGAAAAAUUAUAUGCUUUGUACGGAAAAAAAAAAUUAUAUGCGCUUCCAGCAUAAAGCGCUCUUAUCGUAAUAUUCUUAAAACUUAAGGGCAUCUCUGUAUGGUUCUUAUUAUACACACCAGGUGUAGCCAUCCUAUUGAGGUUUUCACUCUUCACUCGUAUAGAGAAGAGUCGCAUCGAGAAAACCAAAACCAAGGAGAGUAGUAUGUGUCCGACAAAGCCGAAGCACCGGAGUUCAGUAGUCGAUCACGCCGGCAAAUGCUCCAGAUCCGGAGAGUCCACAACCUCCACCGCCGACUGGAUCUCCGAGACAAUCCAAGGCGGAUCCUUACCCCACGUCGACCUCCACACUGGAACGAACGGCUGGGCAUCACCUCCCGGCGACCUAUUCUCUCUCCGUGGAAAAAACUACUUGACAAGACGACAAAAAGCGCCCGCCGGAGACUACCUACUGACCCCGGUGGCCACCGACUGGCUCAAAUCCAGUUCGAAGCUGGAAAAUGUACUCGCCCGUCCCGAUAACCGUGUGGCGCACGCGCUGCGGAAGGCCCAAGCCCAAGGCAAGUCCCUGAAGAGCUUCAUCUUCGCUGUGAAUCUACAGGUGCCAGGUAAGGACCAGCACAGCGCGGUGUUCUACUUCGCCGCAGAGGAUCCCAUCCCGUCGGGGUCACUCCUCCACCGGUUCAUCAACGGCGACGACGCGUUCCGGAACCAGCGGUUCAAGAUCGUGAAUCGGAUCGUGAAAGGGCCGUGGAUCGUUGAGAAAACGGUGGGGAAUUACAGCGCGUGUUUGUUGGGGAAAGCGCUGACGUGUAAUUACCAUAGAGGACCAAACUACUUGGAGAUUGACGUGGAUAUCGCCAGCUCCGGGAUCGCCAAGGCCAUCCUGCGACUGGCAUUGAGAUACGUGACGAGCGUGACGAUCGACAUGGGGUUUCUGGUGGAGGCGCAGACAGAGGAUGAGUUGCCCGAGAGGUUAGUCGGUGCCGUUAGGAUUUGCCAGAUGGAGAUGUCCUCCGCAACGGUAAUCGACGCGCCGCCGCACGUCGCUCGUGCCCAGAGUUUUGCCAGGGUUAAUCACAACUGUUAGUUUAUUUAUUUCUCUCUCUCACUCUUUUUUUUUUUUUUUGCUUUAAUUUUGUUGUUAUUUAUGCCUAUUUGGAUUGGCGGGUGUACGUAGAUAAUAAAAUUGAAAUCGGAACAACAAAUAACAAUAUUGGUUUUUGUUC